UGGUUUGACACCUCUACUCCGUUCACUUCGUGGCUCUUGUUUAUGUACGUCCCUUGUUAAAAUUGAAUUUAAUUUGCAAGCGAAUCGGUUCAGAAAAUAUAACUCACGACCUAAUCGAUCCAGUGUGUGAUUUUUUUUUAUUGUUUUUCUCAAUUGUGCAGGUAAAGAAGCGAAACUCUAGACAGUGUUUAAAUCGUAAUAAACUGCAUUGAAAUAACCAAGUCACUCGAGUGCCCAGUGCUGAUUCCUGCUCCUUGCUCGCGUGCCAUGCGUGACCUCGGCACCAAAAUGGCCGAGCUAAAAUUUGAGGCUCCCCUGGCAAAGUUCGAGGAGACAGAUGAGUGGGGCGGCUGCGACUUCAUCUCUAACCAGAACGCCCUCAACGACACGCUUAACCUGAACCUGAAGGAGGUCAGUGUGGGCAGAAAGCCAGAUGCCGCCAAGCUUCGCCUCCUUGAAGAUGCGGUCCGUGAUGCGCACAUUAGCAAGAACGGCGGGGGCGGCGGCAGUAGCGGCGGGAGCAUCAGUCCCAAUUGCAAUUCCAUGAUAAGCGGAUCGGGCACGGAUCUGGGCGUUUCCGAAGUGGGCCUGUUGCCGGGCGACGGAGAGGGGCUAGAAAAACCGUCCGCGGCCCACGGGGAUCAUGUGGACAACUUCACAGAGACGUUUGGCGGCAGCCUAGAAGAUCUGGUUAACACGUUCGAUGACAAGAUAACUAAGUGCUUCGGCAACUACGAGGAGAACGUCGAGGAGCUGGCCCCAGUCCAGGUCCGCAGCCAGGAGGAGAUCAUGAAUGAAUGCCAAAUGUGGUGGACCAUCACGGGAAACUUUGGAAACAUUCUUCCCAUCGACUGGUCCAAGUCGUACACCCGUCAGAUGCACAUGCCCACUCUAAACCUGGGCCAAAGUCACACAAAGCAGCAGCAGCAUCAGCGCAAUCAGCACCAGCUCCAGAAACACCAGCACUCGUAUCCACACACUCCAGGCGGGGACGAGUUUAACGAUCUGGCCAGCGAGGAUGAGGCGGUAGCCAACGACUUGGACAUGCACGCACUGAUCCUGAACGGCCUAAACGGGGACAUCGACGACCAACCCAUUAAGACGGUUGAGGAGGUCAUCAAGGAGAUUGAUGACAUCAUGGACGAGGCGGAGAGUCCUUUGGAUGAGCCCGACACCUGCGAGUCGGAGGUCAUAGAAAAGGCGCGCGAAGUGCUUGGGACGCCCCUCUAUGCAGAAAAGCUGCAAUAUCUGACCACUACACAGUUGAACGAGCUGUACAUGGAGAUGGAGGUGCUGAUUCAGGAAUUGAGUGAGACUCUUAUCAACGAGCUGGCGCUGCGCGACGAGCUCGAGUACGAGAAGGAGCUAAAGAACUCAUUCAUUUCCCUGCUGCUGGCCGUGCAAAACAAGCGUCGACAAUACCACGUGGAGAAGAAGCGUGGAAAGUUCCAGGGUCCCGAGCCCAAAUAUUUGACCACUGUUAUUCCGUAUCACCUAGAGAACGGCACGCCCAACAAUCAGUCCCUACAGGUUCUAAUCAAGAUACUCAAGGCAAUAAAUGAAGACAGCCCGACAGUGCCAGCUCUUCUCACGGACUACAUACUGAAGGUGCUCUGCCCCACAUAAGCGAUGUAACUGCUAAGGAACCCAAUCUAUCGCUCUAUCUCUCUUUCUGUGUUUAUAUAACUAUACCAUAUACAUCUAUAUACAUACGUACAUGCAUAUAUAAAUUAUAAUUUAAUGAUUAGUUUUGUAUUCUAAACGAUUAUUUAAAUUUUUUUAAUUGCGAUCCGUUUCUGAAAACACUUUCUCAGCCACUGAAAAUGCUAAAGAAGAUUGAUGAUGAGAUUUCUAUAUAUAGAUCAAAUAUGUAACAAAAAACAUGUAACACAUACAUACAUACAUACCUAGACGUAAAUAUCUAAUUAAAUAUUUUUGGAGGAGAGUAUGCUAGACAGUCCUCCUCAAAGCGAUUAUACUCAACUAUCUCGAAUCAAAUCCACUUGGAAAUUUCGCUCCAGCCAGUUUAUCGAGUCAUAUUGUUAGAGAGCUGAUUCCAACUAAGCUUAAUAUAUCUACAUAUAUACAUACACAAAUGGAUCUUUAAUUUCUAAGGAGGCGAAUGGCAAAUUGUCUCUAUUGCACAGAUUGCAGAGAUUGCACAGAGGAUGUAUAUAUAAAUUUAUUGUUUAGUUCACAUUAAAUCUCGCUGUAUUGAUCGAUCCAAACAGGACUUUCGUUGUUCGGCAGCAAAUCCCUAGCUUGUACCAUAUGUAACUUGUAUGUAUAGAUUUUAAGUUGUGUAUGGCCGCAGACCUCUAGUUGGAUAGGGACCUUUCCAAAAACCGCUGCCGAUUCCAAAUGUGUUCCUCGUUUUAUGCAAACUUAAGCGUCCAAAUUGCAUCGUUUGAGACGGGAGUUUUUUUCAAGCGAUUGAUGUCGCUUCACUGUAUGCUUUCAUAUAAAUUCUUUUAGCGUUUUUGUUUGUUUUUUUUUUAUAUUUAUUUGCUCAUGGCCAUAAAACGCGUUCUGUUUUGUUUCAAACAAAAAUUAUGAAAGGGAUUAAUGUAAUUUUAAUUUGCAUAGAUACGCUGUGUUAUUUACUUUUACCAAGCAAGAAUAAAUAAAAAAAUACUAAAAAUAAAAUAGAACAAAAGAAAAACAGUUACAAAAUCAGUCAUGCGCAUAGUGCUGUUGUUUUCAAUACGACGCUUUCUGUCAUAUUUAAUUAUUAAGCUACUUUCACACUCAGAUCUACGAAAAACAAAGAAUCCAAAACAAACAAAAAAUAUACAUAUAUACAUAAAUUUAAAAAAAAUUACAAUUAUAUAAAAGUCGCAUCGUCAAGUCCAACAAAAACAACAUUUAUAUCAUGUAUUACAUUUCACGAAGAGUAAACAGAAAAACCAAAGAUAAAAUAAAACGGUGACAGAAUCUCCAUUGGGACUCCGGAGCUUACCCAUAGUCACCACCGGUAGAGGAGUUUCCGCUACUGAGCAAUAAUCGAUCGUCGAUCGGUUCAUUUUUCUCGGAUGGGGGAAUAAUUCAAUACAUCACAUCUAAUGCAAAUCUUAGGUACCUUUGUUAGUAAACAAUAUGCAUAAAUGCCUAUAUAUAUAGAUGUUAAUAUAAAUGACAAACACACACAGAGAAAAUGCAUACAUGUUUAAGAUUAUAUAAAUACCUAUGUAUAUGUGAAUUAAACAUAAAUACAUAUGUUGUCACGCUUCAUAAUAAUAAACGAAAAACCAAAUGCAAAUU